UAUUUCUGUUUUGUAUCAUAAAGUUGAGUGAGUGGCAUUUUACAUUAGUUGGUGGCAUACUUGGCUUCUUCCACAACUUUAUUGUGAGUGGCUGUCUCCUCAUUUGCUCUAUGCUCUGUGCUCACUACAUCUGUGAAGGAAAUCUCAAAGUUGGAGACUAUGUAUUGUUUGCAACGUAUUUCACACAGCUGUACAACCCUCUCACUAACCUAAGUUCAUUCUAUGUCAAAGUACAGGAAAUUCUCAUCGACAUAGAAAAUAUGAUUGAUCUAUUUGAGGAGAAGCAAGAGAUAACAGAUGAACCAGACGCUUGUGAUCUGAUAAUUAACAACAAAAAGAUGGAGUUUGAUAACGUCUCCUUCUACUAUAAGAAAGAGAAGCCUAUCCUCCACAACGUCUCUUUUGCAGUUGAACCAGGACAAACACUGGCUAUUGUUGGUCCUUCUGGAUCUGGUAAGAGCACUAUUAUCAGGUUAAUGAUGAGGUUCUAUGAGCCUACAAAUGGUCACAUCAGAAUAGAUGGUCAGGAUAUCAGUAAGGUAACACAGAGUUCUUUGAGGUGUGCCAUAGGAGUGGUUCCACAAGAUACAAUUCUUUUCAAUGAUAAUAUCAGGUAUAACAUCCGAUAUGGCAACAUGCAUUGUGCAUUAGAAGAGAUGGAGGAAGCAGCGAAAUCAGCUGAUAUUCAUGUGAAGAUCAAGUCUUUUCAUAAAGGUUAUGAUACCAUGGUAGGGGAGAGAGCAGUCAAACUGAGUGGAGGGGAGAAGCAAAGAGUAGCCAUCGCUAGGACAAUAUUAAAAGAUCCAGACUUCAUUAUCCUUGAUGAGGCCACAUCCGCCUUGGACCAUGAAACUGAAGAAAACAUUCAAAGAUCAUUAUCAUAUGUAUGUGAAGACAAGACGACUAUCGUGGUUGCUCAUCGCCUCUCGACUGUCGUCAACGCUGAUAAGAUCGUUGUUCUACGGGAUGGUAUCAUUGUACAGCAAGGAAGGCAUGAAGAGCUCGUGGAAAUGGAUGGUACUUAUGCUGACAUGUGGAAACACGAGCUUCGAGAAACAUAAAAAUGAACAGAAGCCUUACCCAGCCUUAUUAGACAAUGCCAUACUGAGUUUCAUUCAGUCUGGCCUCUUGAGAGGAUGAUAUCUUAUACGAAUCUUAACAUAGAGAGAGACAAACAUUCUUGCCAAGCACCAUUCGAUCCUCCAUCACCCCAGUCUAUUGAGUUGAAUUGUGUGUGUGUCCAGCUAUAGAGUGCUCUCAGAUGAUGUCACAGUGGUGGGAAUAACAUUGGGUAGCCUGUGCAUGGGACCAUAAAAACAAUGAUUUACCAUCAUGGUUAGAUGCACAAAUGAUCAUUGUUUGCCAUCCAACAUGUCUGCCUCUGGGAAUAGCUUUAUGAGCUUCAGAAAAUAAUAACAAUAACAUCUUAUUUUACCAGAGUAGCCACUUCCGAAAUUUGUUCUUCCAGCAGGCCCUGCUUAGCAUAAUGAUUAUCAUAUCAUUACCCCAACGUUAGCACAGCUAGUUCGAUCCGGUGCUUGAGCAGUCAAAUAAUUUCUUCCUACCGGUUACCCAUUCACUUCACCUGGGUUGAGUGCAGCACAAUGUGGGUAAAUUUCUUGCUGAAUUAAAACACACCAUGGCUAGUAAUCAACUCGCGUCCUUCGGAUUGAAAGACGAUAGUCAUAACCACUAGACCACAAUGCAACCAUGACAAAAGGCUAGACUGGACUGCACAUAAUCUUGCAUAAGGGCAAAAUGAAACAUUUUUGUAUGACCAACCCCAAUGUAUAUCCAUCUUACUUCACUCUAACUGCUCAAGCCACUACAUAUUCUCACCUGGGUCCCGUAACACUAAGAUUUGAAUGAUCGUAGAACAUUUUUAAACGAUUGAUUACAUUGACUACAAUGUACAAUCGUAAGAAUCAAAGAGUAAGAUUAAUCGCUAACUUUUGUGUUAUGGCACUGGAUCCUGUUUUAACAAAUGCAACAUUUCUGUAACAAAUCAGCCAAUCAGAUCGAAGGAUUUCAGUAGCUUAUAACUGUUAUUGAAAACAGAGACACUCUAGGAAGGGGUUGGAAGAACAUGUUUAUGGAAUUGCCCAAGAGAGACUAGAGACCUCACUCUUCUUUGAUUGAACGUUCCUCCUUUUGAUCACCUCCAUACCCAGGACAAUGUGUGACUUGACCUCACCGUUGACUUGAGAAUCUGACUGGGUAUAAUCCAUAUAUAUAAUCGUUAGAGGGUAUUCAUUUGUCUCGCAAUCUACUAUGGUCAACAAGGAAAUUUGUGAUUACUCUCGCAAAAAGUGUUCACUAGCUUUCUAGGAAAUUCGUGAU